GUUCGCGGUCGGGAAGUGUCACAGUGGACGCUGACACGGGUCUUAGAUUCUAGAGGAUGAUUGGAGUAACAUGGCUGCUGUUGGGUGCGGCGCUAGCACUAUUUUGGGCAUAUUCGUGGUGGAAACACAGGUUCUGGGCAAAUAAAGGUGUGCCCACUCCGCCUGUGGUCCCUUUCAUCGGUCAUGCGCAUAAAUUGCUUCUCCCAGAUAAAAGAUGUAACUUUGAAAAAGAGGUCUAUUUCAACUAUAGUGGAUCAAAGUUAAGUGGUGUCUACUCCUUCCACGAGCCCAUGUUACUGGUGGGCGAUCCAGAACUCAUGAGGCACAUUUACGUGAAGGACUUUGAUCACUUUAUGGACAGAAGGACAAUAAACUUACCGAACGAAAAUGACAGAGUAAUGGCCAACAUGUUGACUAUGAAGACAGGUGAAGAGUGGAAGAAACUGAGAGCCAUCAUGUCUCCCACUUUCACUUCAGGCAGAAUGAAGGGGAUGUUCCCGCUCGUGUGUAAAAAGGCCGACGACCUCGUCUCCUUCUGCCUGAAGGAAGCACGCACGAAGCCCUUUGUCGACAUGAAGUAUAAUUUUGGCCGCUUUACCAUGGACACAAUUGCUUCCUGUGCCUUUGGUAUUGAAUGCAAUUCACUAGUGGAUGAAAAGCCAGAAUUUGCUGAAAAAGUUGACACUUUUUUCAAAAUUACGCCGGGAAUGAUAUGGAGAAUUGUUUUCCUGAGCGUAUUUCCUAAGUUUGCCAAGCUACUUAAUAUGAGAUUUUCAGUACCAGCAACAGAUUUCUUUACGGAAGUUGCCCGUGAGACCAUGCGAGCGAGGCAAAGUGGAAAUAAAAGAGGAGACUUUUUGGAUCUGUUGCUGGAGGCAGAAGUCUCCACUGGCGAUGCCGAAGGAAUCACGGCAAUGCAAGACGACAGUAAAUCAUCCCAGUCUAAGCAAGCACUGGAUGAACUGACCAUCAUCUCCCAAAGUGUCUUGUUCCUGGUCGCCGGUUACGAUACCACAGCCUCCACGCUGGCCUUUGCGUCCAUCCUACUUGCCAAGCACCCAGAGAUCCAGCAACGCCUUCGUCAGGAGAUCAGUGAAAUGGUCGAGGAACACGGCGACAUAACCUACCAGGGGAUUAUGGAAGCCAAAUAUCUUGAUGCUUGUGUCAUGGAAACCCUUCGUAUGUACCCACCGGGGCUUUUCCUGGAGCGCAAGUGUGUAAAGGAAUACAAGAUCCCUGGCACGGACGUGACCCUCGAGCCUGGCUUAAUAGUGACAUGCCCGAUCUUCAACAUCCAACGGGACCCGAAGUACUGGCCUGAGCCCGAGGAAUUUCGCCCCGAGCGCUUCUUGCCGGAGAACAAAGCAAGCAUCACCCACCUCACGCACAUUCCCUUCGGAAUCGGACCCAGGAACUGUAUAGCGAUGAGAUUUGCCCUCAUGGAAGCCAAAGUUGGUCUGGCCAAGAUGCUCCUUGCCUCAGACAUGAAGUUGGCACCAGGACACGAAGAAAUUAAGAUUGACUUUGGCUUAGGUUUGCUGAGGCCAAAAGACGGGGUUAACCUUCUCCUGACACCUUUGAAAGAAGAGUGAAAAAGGAAAGGAGAGAGAGAGAGAAAGAGAGAGAAAGUCAUUUAUUCCCAAUGAAUACAAGAUUGAGAAAGGAAAGAAAGGAAGAACAUGUAUAACGUGCCGUAUCAGUACCUUAUUCCUGUACAAUAGAAGGGGGCGUCUGAAGCAAUUGUCUGAAAUCUUUCGUAUGUUGGAUACGUCAUUUUCAAUUUUACCUUUACUUGCUAGUUAUUAAUAUAUCUCCAUUCUAACACCAGAAUAAAGGUAGAAAAUUAAUUCAUGAUAAUGAUAAUGAUGAUAACGAUGAUAAUAAUGAUAACAAUAUAAUGAUAAUAAUAGUGAUAGUAAUGAUGAUAUAAAGUCUUCCCUUCCAAGUGCAAAAACAGAGUAACGAAAUUAAAAAAAGCGCAAAAAAAUCAUGUAAUUGGAAAGUGCAUAGCAUGAGUUUUAAAAUAUAUAAAUAAAUGCUCACGAUUUAAUAUAUAUAUAUAUUUUUUGGAAAUUUCCGCUUUGCAAAUCUGAUUUUUUUCUCUGUUGGCAUGAAACUCCUAAUGCAGAAGUCAAAGUAACAUGUGAAAUAUAUUAUGUAUUUACAUAACUCAUCUUAAUAUAUUUUAUUUUACACUAGAUUUUAUACUGUUGUGACUUACCUUUAUGAAUAGUUUCGAGACAAUACCCUUUUCUAUUAAAAAAAUCUAGUUAUUUUUUUCGUUAAAUGAUCUUGGUGCCAAAAGAAUAGAAUAGGCUAUUGACCAAACUAAAAUAUCAAGUAGAUAUAUUAUUAUAAAUAUUUCUGUUUAAAAAAAGAGUCGCUUUCCAUAAAAGAUAAUAAGACAAAAUAACCAACCUUUCGAACUGACAUAAAACAAAAGAAGAGUGCCAGGCCCAGCUGUUUUCUCUUUAUUAGGGCUGAUUUCCGUUCCGUCCACUUUGACGACGAAGCCAAAAACGAAGUAUUUGGAUGUGUUGAAUUUAUUGAUUUAUUUACUAUUAUUCUUUUUAAUUAUUAUUCCUUUUUUUUUUUUUUUUUUUUUUUUUUUUUUGAUAGAACUAAAAAAAAUAUCUAUACAUACAUAGAACUGUAAUAAACAUUUCGUUAUUCAAAGAAAACGAAGCACAGAAAAGCAGCGGAAGAUUUGUAAUGAUGUAGAUUACAAGAUAACAGAAACUAAUAUGUGUUUAUUAUGGGUUAUAAGAUGAAUAAGUAAAUUCGUUCUGGAGGACCAAUCAUGAAGGGAUACAAAUAAUACUUGUAAUGACAAAUAAAGGUAUGGAACAAGUUCUUUA